UGUCAACUCUGGAUCCGGAAAACUUGCUGGACUUUGUUUUGAAGAUAAGCAAGACAGAGGACUUUAAAAAGAAGAUUAACUGGCAAUUAAAAUGAAAAAGAUUACAUUUGUAAGGCUACCCCUUUACUUGGAACUGACGGCACUGCUACAGUGAGUAAGUGUGAGAGGGACAGCAGCAGCAGCAGCAGCAGCAGCACCAAGUGUCAUCUGGUCUUCCAACUUGGGGAGGGCUUUGGAGUUUAAAAUGGUGUGAAUAUGAUAGCCAUAGCCAUCGGUAUAGCUUAUGCAAGUGGAGAUCUGUCUGCACUAUUGAAAGUUGACAGUUCAGAGGCACUAAUCUGACAAAGGGACGGUGUAAAUCAACAACUGCACUACGAUUUUGGAUAUUAACAAACAAAACUAUUGGAGUAAAGAGGGAAAUUGCCUGAGUCUGGGGAGGCUGCAUGAGACAAAGAUUUGAGAGGACGCACAGGCAAAAGGGCAAGAGGGAGCCACCAAGGAGGUGAGUGACGAUUUACCCACGGAGGGGUAAAAAAAAUGACUGUGGUGUCCCAGGAGAACCACGACGACAGUGUGGUCGUAACUCCUUUGUUACAAGAUGCUGCUGACCUGGAACCAGCGGACCAGGAGUGCAGCGAGAGGGUGAUCAUCAACAUCUCAGGUCUGCGCUUUGAGACGCAGUUAAAGACCCUCUCCCGCUUCCCGACCACGCUCCUGGGAGAUCCGCGUAAACGGAUGCGUUUCUUUGACCCGCUGAGAAAUGAAUACUUCUUUGACAGGAACAGGCCGAGCUUUGAUGCCGUCCUCUAUUAUUACCAGUCAGGAGGGCGGCUCCGGAGGCCCGUCAGUGUACCUGUGGAUAUUUUCCUGGAAGAAAUUAAAUUUUACGAACUUGAUGAAGAGGUCAUAGACCUUUUCAGAGAAGAUGAGGGCUUAAUGAGGGAAGAGGAGCGCCCGCUGCCCAGCAAUGUGUAUCAACGCCAGUUAUGGCUCCUGUUUGAGUAUCCAGAGAGCUCAGGACCUGCACGGAUAAACGCCAUUGUGUCGGUUAUGGUUAUUUUAAUAUCCAUAAUUAUAUUCUGCUUGGAGACUUUACCCGAGUUUAGAGAAGUCACCGCACUGGACAAUCCCGUCAAUGGAAGUGCGCACGGCCAAGAGCCCAGUCCGUUCACAGAUCCGUUUUUCAUGGUGGAGACGCUUUGCAUCGUGUGGUUCUCCUUUGAAUUCACCAUGAGAUUUGUCUCCUGUCCCAGUAAAGCAGCUUUCUUUAAAAACAUCAUGAACCUGAUCGAUGUUGUGGCUAUAGCUCCUUAUUUUAUCACCCUGGGCCUUGAUCUCGCGGAGCAUCAGGGCAGCAGUCAGCAGGCUGCGUCUCUGGCCAUACUGAGGGUCAUCCGUCUGGUCCGUGUUUUCAGGAUUUUUAAACUUUCCAGGCACUCCAAGGGCCUCCAGAUUCUCGGCCAAACGCUUCACGCAAGCCUCAGGGAGCUGGGACUGCUCAUAUUCUUUCUGAUCAUUGGAGUUGUUUUAUUCUCCAGCUCGGUUUAUUUUGCAGAAGCAGAAGACCCCGACUCUGGAUUUUCAAGCAUACCUGAUGCGUUUUGGUGGGCUGUAGUGACAAUGACCACGGUUGGAUAUGGAGACAUGUGUCCCUCCACCAUUGGGGGGAAGUUUGUUGGAUCUUUGUGCGCCAUCGCCGGAGUGCUAACCAUAGCUUUACCUGUCCCUGUCAUAGUGUCAAACUUCAAUUAUUUCUACCACAGAGAAAAUGAGGAUGAUGACAAUAUUCAGUAUGUACAUGUGACAUGCGGACAGCCGCAGCCAUCAUUGGGUGAAUGUGAUUCAAACAAAAGCACCCAGUCGCUCUCCAAAACGGAGUCCUACCAGGAAAGCGACGACUUGGAAACGUUGACAUAUCCAAACGUAUGCCAAGCGGAGACAUACACGGGGAAACUGACAGUUGUAUGAAAUACACCCCUGGAAGACGGUUUUAUUUCUGGAGGCAGACGAUCAUGAGAAGCUUGUUUCUCCCUAAGAGUGGCAACAAAUUUCAAGCGUGGGAUUCUCUUCUUCUCCAAAGUAUUGGAUCAUUUUCUCACCGAUAUUCGUGCAUUGCCAGUGUUGUAGCUUUCGUGGAGGAGACGCCUGGACAAGGUUCAGUCUGCCUUAAUGGACAUUGUGUGUAUCAUCAGUAGAAGAAACGACAUUCUUUUGUGUAGGCUUUAUUAAUGACCACGCUUUCUUUGUAUAAAAUUGUUUAUACUGCGUUUUUUUUUGUAAUUAUCAAUUUCCUCCUUUCUUAUGCAUCUUUGAAUGCAGUUGCAUCUUGCCUCAGUGUUGUUACAAACAUUCAGAUUGCAUUGCAGCUCGCUGACAACAUGGCUCGAGACGUUACAAUGCAAUGACUGCAUGACGCGAAUGCAUUAUGAACUUUAAAUGUAUUAAAUAUUUAUUUUUCUAAUUUAAACAUGUAUGUGAACUUAACUUAAACCUUUUUAUAAAUAAAUUAUGA